UUGGUAAAGGAUCACUUUCUCCAGAGUUGUAACUUUUUUAUGUCUUUUUAUUGCUCGUCAUGAUGUCUUCGCCACAAGUCUUAACAAUGAAGGAUAGCAGCGCCUCUGACUCAGACAUCCAAAGGGUUGCUGAAAGUGCUUUGAACGAUCAAAAAGUCCAAGUGUCGAGUCUUCCCUUUAGUGUGGAAGCACUGAUGUCUGAUCGGAAGCCUCUCAGAGGUACCAUGCCUCCUACGGACGGAGCAGGCGGCAGCGCUUCGCAAAGGAAUCCCUCCAAGUCAAUGGCCAGGGAUUCGCAAAAUCCUGUAGAAUCGUCCUGCUCACUGGAAGGUUUUAUAAAGACUUACGACAGUUCGCCAGUGAAAUCUGAAAACUGCAAGGAAGAAGAUUGUGUUCCGUGGGGCAAAAAUUCAAGUUACUCGCCACCUCCAAAUAGACAUUUGAGCCCCACUUCUUGCACACUGAGAAAACAUAAAACCAACAGGAAACCCCGGACGCCCUUCACCACCUCUCAGCUCCUGGCUCUGGAGCGCAAAUUCCGGCAGAAACAGUACCUGUCCAUCGCGGAGAGAGCAGAGUUCUCCAGCUCCCUCAACCUCACAGAAACGCAGGUUAAAAUCUGGUUUCAAAAUCGCAGGGCCAAAGCAAAGAGACUGCAAGAAGCCGAACUGGAAAAGUUCAAAAUGGCAGCGAAACCCAUGUUACCCCCAGGGUUGAGUCUGACUUUUCCAAUGAAUUCCCCAAUGCACGGAGCUUCACUUUAUGGACAUACGUAUCCUUUCCAUAGACCUAUGCUCCCAGUCCCACCUGUAGGACUUUAUGCCACCCCUAUCGGAUACAGCAUGUACCAUUUAUCUUGAGAAGAAAAUCAGUAUAAAAGACUCAAAACUUCGAAAUAUAUUUGAAACGAUGCCAGCGCUUUUAACAUUGUUUUGAUUGCUAUCCCUUUGAAAGGGAUGCU